AUCCCCUCCCCCCUUUCACUUUCUCUUUUGCCUAUCAUCCUUUGACUUGGAGAACGAUGACCGCAGCCAUCCCCUGCUGUGAUUUCCAUCGCCGCGGUUAUUAUAUCUUCGCUAUAUUCUUUUUUUUCUUUUUCUCUCCAUUAAUUUCUUUCCUCUUGGGGGUGCCUCGAGAUCGGGGAAAUGGGGAGAUUACAUGGAAGACCGCACCGCGAGUCACGUGGCCUCUUUUGACCGAUCUGUCUCCUCUCAUCUGCCUUGUUUGCCGUGGCCUCGUCGAUUCGCUUCCGCCACCUGCGCCAUCAUACAUCGUCUUGUUGGGCCACUCAUAUGUCGCUGUCGUGUUAUAAGAGCAGCUCAGAGGAACAAGUCACGACGCCAACUUGUAUGUCUCUCUCUCUCUCUCCCUCUCCCUCUCCCUCUCCCGAGACCAAGGUGGAAGAAGAGCUUAUCCCCCACAAGAGAGAGACAGAGAGAGAGAUGAAGUGAUACGAGGUCGCGCCUCCACUGCACAAUCCUGUAACUGCACCCGUCCCGGAGAAUCCCAUCUCGAUCUCUUGCACAAGACGACGCCAUCGUACUGCUGCGGACUGCCUUUCUCCGUCCCCCUCCUGUAAACCAGCAUUAACUAUUCAUUAACAGCCAUACACACACUCAGCUCCAUGUACAAGCAUUGUUCAACCUGCUUCCUCUGCAUUAAACCCGACAAACCCCCAUCUCCCGCUUCCCGAGAUCCCACACGUUAUUAGCACCCUUUGGUUUUUCGUCCCAAAGCAUCAUCAAUAUGCUCCGUUAAGCCUGCUGUAUGAUACCACUUCUUGGUUCGCAGUUGCCGGCCUUCUCUCUUCGAUCCCUCGGCAGGGUCCACGCUCUUAGCUACCGCCUCCUUAGUCCUUCUCCUUCCUCUGGGUUUCUGCUGCUCCGCGGCCAUGUUGCACCGGUGCGGCCACCAGAGCAGCUCGUAUCCGUGCUCGUGCGGGUCCGCCUACUUCUCUGUUGUCUUCCCGGUGACGGGAAAGCAGUCUACGGAUGAAGACCAUGAUGUCGCACGUUCCGGUUGCUCCUCCCCCUCCUCGGUGGACUGCACCUUGUCACUAGGGACCCCUUCCACGCGCCAAACCGAGAACAAGGCCGCCGCCGCCGCCUCCUCCACCAUGUUCCAGCGGCCGUCGUGCGUGUCUAGCUUCGGCCAGGAUAUCAUUUCGCAGUCCAAGAAGAGAUCGAAUGCGUUCUACGGUGGAGCCACCAACGGCUCGAACUUUGGCGGCGACCCUCUUCUUCUCGCUCGUAGGUGCGCCAACUGCGACACCACCUCGACUCCGCUGUGGAGGAACGGUCCACGAGGCCCCAAGUCGUUGUGCAAUGCGUGCGGCAUUCGCUACAAGAAAGAAGAGCGGCGUACGGCGGCGUCGAUGGCGCCACCUUCGUCGUCGUCGCCGGUGACAUCGGCAGCAGGGGAGAAACAGCUGCGGUCACCAUGGAGUUGCUACGAUUCGUCCGCAACGAAAGGCAACUCAUCCAUCGCCAUGUACGACGACGACACGGCGGGCCAUGGGGAGGCGUCCUACCUCGCGCCUUCGCCUCAGUUCUCGGCCCGAAACAGGCCCAGCCUAUCUCAAUACCAUUAGCCGCAUUAGCAGCGGCCUUAAGCUCUCUCUAUUCUCUUCUAUCUCCUCGAGUGUCACGUCUUGAGCAUCACCAGCAAAUGUUAAUUACUGUUGAUGAACAUGAUUUUGGGAUUAUUGGAGCUUUUUACUGGUGGA